AUGAUGAGCCAGUGCUCCAUGUUCUUCUGGCGUCAAUUUCAGCUACCCUACGGCGAAAAAGCGCCCUACUUUGAGGAAGCGCCAUUUUUGCUGCUGGCCAUGGUCAGCGCCUGUAACCCCGUAAUUACCAUGUAUUACGUACUACCGUACCGACGGCGUGUCGUGGAAAUGAUCGGUUUCUGGAGACGAUCAUCGGCCAAAGUGCAGCUCUACGACAUCACUUUUGCGGCUUCGACCAGCACCACUGAUGCCACCCGGGAACUCUUGGUAGCUGGCAGAAAUAUUUCGCUAUUCCCCGAUGAUCCAAAUAUCGCAGCCAUGCUCGGCUACGAGAGUAUUUUCCAGGGAACCACGAUGGUCCUGAUUGUUUGGAUCUUGUUUCCGGUUUUUCCGGGAUAUUGUCUAUCGAUUUAUUAUCGCACCAAAAUUAUGCAUAUUCUUAAUGAUAACACGUCGGCGAUGAGCAAUAGUACGAAGCGGGCGCAGCACGAUUUGAUCAAGGCCCUAACUAUACAAGCAGUACUUCCGGUAGUCAUGAUGAGCCAAUGCUCGGUGUAUUUCUGGCGUCAAUUCCAGCUACCGUUUGGCGACAAAGCACCGUACUUCGAGGAGGCUCCAUUUUUACUGCUGGCUAUGGUCAGCGCCUUCAGCCCAGCAAUCACUAUCUACUACCUGCUACCGUAUCGCAAGCGCGUGGUCGAGAUCGUCAUUUUCUGGAAGAAAUUUGCCCAAAUUGGCCACGACAUUGCCGUCAACUGGACACGCUACUACCUCAUCUAUGUCUGCCUCGUGGCCGCUAGCAUCUUGACCGCCUCCGAAACCCAUCACUCGGCUCACCAUCUGGCGAUCACCAACGACUUGGUGACGGAAGGCUGGCUGAAGACGCUGAUCACGAUCGGCGACUGCAUUGCCCUUGUCUGCCACUACAUCCGCUUCCUCCUCCCCGCCUUCCUCGUCGCCGUCCGCUGCAGCGCCGAUUUUCAGUCCCCGCAGUGCACCCGCAUCGCCUUCAUCGUCUUCAGCUGUGCCCUCUUCUUCGGCCCGAACGUCACCAACUCGCAGCUCCACAUCCCCGGCCUCGAGGGUCUCAUCGGCCAGCACCACCUCCUCACCGGAAUGCUCGGCUACUUCUUCGUGUCCUGUUUCACCGCGUUCUUGGACAAGUUCUCCCCGUCCCCCUCCAUCAUGCCGGCCUGGCUGAUGCAGUUCUUGUACAUCAUCUUCUCUUUCGUCAUGGUUGACCUCAUCCCCUACAUCUUCUUCACCCUCAUGAUGAUGUGGUUCCCGCAGAUGUUCUUGUACUAUUGGUUCCCGAUCAUCUUUGCCAUGGACAUUGUCAUUUUGGGGGUUAUCGUCAAGUUCUCGGAGGAUUUCUAUGGGGCCAUCACGCAGAAGUUUGAGAACUUUCUG